CACAGGAAAACCAAGAUCCCUUUCAUUUCUUUUUCUUCGCAGUUCCCAGAGAGUCCAGGCCUCUCCUCUCAGCUAUAUACAUAAAUGCCGUCAAUUUAACAGAGAGAGAAAAUAUGCAACGGACACGUAGGCGUGGGCGUAACGGAGCACAGUUGUGCGCCGUGAUCUCAGCAUUUCUCCUCCUCUUCCUCUCCGUUUCUCUCCUCUACUCUCGUCUCUCUCACUCUAACUCUCCCAACCGUCACUACCAUUACCAAAACGACGUCGAUUCCAACCCCCUCCUCGAAGACAACAGCGACGUCGUUUCCUCUUACGACAACAACAACGUCGACGACAAAAUCGACAUCCUCGACGAAGACCAGCAACAACAACGACAAGCCGUAUUAGAAGAAGGCGAGGAAGAAGAAGAAGGCGAAGAAGAAGAACAGCAACAAAACGACGAGUCGUUUACGUCGAGGAAUUUACCUAGGGUUUCCGGGUACUACUUUGACCAUGUCACCGGAGCUAUCAGGAAAUCAUUCAAGAAGAAGAAAACCACGACGACGACGAGUUGGGACGAAGACGAUUUGGUCGUCGAGGGCGAAGAUCGAUUUCUAGGGUUUAUGACGGGAAGUACGACUGUCGUUGACGACGAUGAUCGGAGUAAAUCAGCGUUUGCCUCCGACGACGUGCCGUUGGACGAGACUGUACGGAGAAAAGCUGCAAAUGUCGCGGUCGAAGAGGCGUUGUUGUUGAAAACGACGGGUCGUUUUAAGGCCUCGCCGUUGAGGGAAGUCUGGGGGGAUUGGUUUGAAAAAAAGAGCGAUUUUUUGCGGAAGGAUAUGAUGUUCAAGUCCAAUUUUGAGACUUUGAACCCUUUGAACAAUCCAAUGCUUCAAGACCCAGAUGGGGUUGGGGUCACCACUUUCACUAGAGGUGAUAGGUUGGUCCAGAAAUGGUGGCUCCAUGAGUUCAAGAAGGCACCCUUUUUGACCAAGAGGCCGUUGAGUGUUUCGGAGACUGGUAAGAGGUCGAAACCCGGUUUUAAUGCUAAUGCUAAUGGUAGAGAUUUGAGAAAUGUAGAUAAUGGAUUGAAUAGUAAGGGAAUUGUCGAUUCAAAAGAUGGGGUUGUUUCGGGUAUAGUUGGAAAUGUAGAUAAUGGGUUGAAUAGAAAUGAUGGGGUUUUGAGUUUGUCUGAUGAGGGUGAUAGGAUGUCGAAUGUUGAAUUGGGUAAAAAUGUAGGUAAUGUGUUGAAUAGUAGGGGAAUUGUUGAUAAGAACGGUGGGGUUUCGGGUUUAUCUGAUAAGAGUAAGAGUAAGAGAGCUGAGGCUAGGAGUUUAGUUAAAGAUGUUGGUAAUGGGUUGAAUAGAAAUAGAGUUGCUGAUUCUGAUGAUAAGUUGAAUGCUGAAUUGGGUCGAAAUGGUGGUGGGUUGGUUAAUGUCGAUAAAGGUGAUAUUGUUGGGGGCAAGACUGAGUUUUCAGGUCAUAUAUAUGCCAAUGGAAAAAGAUGGGGGUAUUAUCCCGGGGUACAUCCACAUCUGUCUUUUUCAGAUUUUAUGGAUGCAUUUUUUAGGAAGGGGAAGUGUGAUGUGAGGGUCUUUAUGGUGUGGAAUUCGCCACCUUGGAUGUAUAGUGUGCGACAUCAGCGGGGGCUUGAGAGUUUGCUCUCACAGCAUCGAGAUGCCUGUGUUGUGGUGUUCUCGGAAACGAUUGAGCUUGAUUUUUUCAAAGAUAGCUUUGUGAAGGAUGGUUACAAAGUUGCUGUUGCAAUGCCAAAUCUUGAUGAAUUGCUGGAGGAUACACCAACCCAUGUAUUUGCUUCUGUAUGGUUUGAAUGGAAAAAGACAAAGUUUUAUCCUACGCACUAUAGUGAGCUUGUCCGUCUUGCUGCUCUCUAUAAAUAUGGUGGAAUAUAUCUUGAUUCUGAUAUUAUAGUUUUGAGACCACUAUCUUUGCUUAAUAAUUCUGUUGGUAUGGAGGAUCAUCUUGCUGGAAGUUCUCUGAAUGGUGCUGUGAUGGCAUUUAGGAAGCAAAGUCCCUUCAUAAUGGAGUGCCUGAAAGAGUUCUAUAUGACUUAUGAUGACACUCAAUUGAGAUGGAAUGGGGCUGAUCUUUUGACAAGAGUUUCCAGAAAGUUUUGGAGUCAAGAGAAACUAUCCAUUAAACAGCUGGAACUGAAUGUGCAAGAUUCUUUCAUUUUCUUCCCUAUCAGUUCUCAAAAUAUCUCAAGAUAUUUUACUGCACCGGCAACUGAGACUGAGAAAGCUCGACAAGAUGAUUUGUUCAGAAAGAUGCUGGAUAAGUCGUUGACUUUUCAUUUUUGGAACAGCUUGACAUCUGCUCUCAUUCCAGAGCCAGAGAGCCUUGUAAAUAGGCUUAUUGAUCACACCUGUAUCCGAUGUUUUGAUGUGUUGUGAAUUUCACAUAGGAUUAUCUGAUCAUAAAGAAUGUAGCAAAUUGAAUUCAAAAUUAUUAAAGCAUCCACGUUCUAGGUGUUUCUCGAGAAAUCUUAGGCUUUGAGCUGUAUCGGCCAUAAGAGUUUAGGAUGGGGGGACAUGAAGAGCAUCGAUAUUCAUAUAGGUCUACAGUUUUGUAGCUAUGUAUUUGUUAUGUUAAAAGAAAAAGGGUCUUCCUUUUUUGGUGGUAAAUUAUAUAGGAGAACAUUUUUACUCUGAUUUGUUUCUGAGAAGGCUGUUGUUAUUUACUUAUUGGCCUACCCCAUUCUUCUCAUAAUGUAUCAUCAAGUUAAAUUUGAAUGUGAUAUAUCAUAUACUUUAUUUUA